CUUUAAAACACCCACUAGUCAAAACAUUUCAUACGACUUUUGACGUCUAGUAGUUGGACAUAUCGUGCGUGCUGGUCAAAAAUAAUAAUUGAAAAUGUCAAAAGAAAAAACAAAAGUCGAAGAAGAUGGAUUCAUUCAGAGAUUGUGUAAAAAAUUCAAUAUUAAUUAUAAUUUAAUUAUGUUAAAAGUGACUCUCUUUUUGAUGUAUGGAGCUACUUCAUCAUUAUUACCAUACUUGACUAUUCAUAUGCAGAGCAUCGGUUUAUCUGUAGAAGAAAUAGCUAUUGUAUACCUAGCACUACCUCUAACGACUUUUUUAGCUCCGCCUGUAUCAGGAUUCCUAGUCGACAAAUUUGGUCAAUAUAAGCCAGUUUUGUUCAUAUCUUUAGCUUUAAAUGCAAUUUUUCAUCAUUCUCUAAUAUUAAUACCUCAAACAGAAACACCUGGAGCAAUACCAUCAGCAUAUGUUAUGAGACAUCCUGAAUCUGGUAAAGUCGAUGUUUGGUGGAGCCCAUGUCCUAGUCGUGAGUGUCCAGAGGAUGAGGAAAUUAAUUUGGUAUUAGACGAAUGUGAUGACCACUGUUUAAUGAGAGACUACAGUAUACCACGCGAAGAAAAUGAUUUAGUACCUAAGAUCGAACAAAGUAUAGCUGUUAGGCCACCGACAUUUAUAGCCGGAUCUCCACCCCAACAAUCAUUGCCAAAUUGCAUAAUGCCAUCUUCAAAUCAUCCAGGUUCGAGUCAUAACCAAGGAGUUGAUGAAAAAGACUUAUUUUUCAUUUAUGAGAAAACAAAGCAAGCUAGAAAUUUGACAAAAUCAUCAACAAAAAAAUCUGAUACCAAGAAAAAAGUAAGAAUGGGAGUUCUGCUCAAUGGUAAUGAAACAGUAAAUGAAAUAGCAAAUAUAGGAGCUGGACUUAAUAAUGUCAAUGUGACAUCUACUAAAAAAGAAGCUACUGUGUUUGUAGUUUUAGAUAUGCACCCAGGUCUAAUGGAUCCAACAGAAACAUUAGGAAUGGAGUUGCCUGAACCAGAUCAGGAUGAACAAGUCACUGAUUUUCGUCAACAUUUUUCAUCAGAUAUGUUAAUUUCAUCAGGAGUUAAUUUUACUGCACUUCUUGAUCAUGAUUUGCGUUGUGGAGGAAGAGUAUUAGCAACAAAUUUGACUUACAACAAACUUAAAGAAUUGGCAGCUGAUUGUAUGCUUCAAAAAUGUAUAUUUAGAACUGGAGGUCCUGAACGUUGUCCCCCUGAAUACAAACCAUCAAAUGAAAAAGUAUUUUGGAUAUAUUUUGGGUUACGAUUUAUAGGUACUACUAUGUUAUCAGCAUCAGUAACAGUUAUGGAUCCAAUAGCUUUAAAUCUUAUACAAAGAUACGGUGGACAAUUUGGAAGGGAAAGAUUAUUUUCUACAGCUGGUAUGGCAUUAUUUUCUCCAUUAACUGGAUGGUUAAUAGAUAAAAUGAGUGCAAAAAAAGGUUACACGGACUAUUCUUCAGCAUUUUACACUUAUGAUAUAUUACUUCUAUUUUCGAUGAUAACUCUCUUAAUGAUGCCAGUUGGUAUCAAAAUGCCAGCUGAUCAUAUUUUAAAAGAUAUGAUAAGAUUAUUAAAGUUACCCCAUGUAAUAGCUUUUUUAUUUUUUUUGUUUGUUCUUGGAAAUUGUUGGGGUUUUAUUGAGUCUUAUUUAUUUUUAUACCUUAAAGAAUUAGGUGCAUCAAAUUAUUUGCUAGGUAUUACAGUAUCAGUGGCAACAAUAAGUAGUGUACCGUUUUUAUAUGGAGCAGAAAAAAUUUCAAAAAAAAUUGGCCAUGUAAAUAUUAUAGUAAUAGCAUUCUUUUCUCAUGCUGCUAGGUUAAUGGGAUAUUCAUAUAUAGAAGAUCCUUGGUGGGUUUUCCCAUUUGAAGCUAUUGAAUCCUUAGCAGUUCAUUUGAUGUGGGUAGCAGCUGCUACAUAUUGUGCAUUACUGGCUCCGAAAAAUCUUUUGGCAACACUAAUUGGUGUUUCAGGAAUGUGCCAUUUCAGUCUUGGUCGUGGAAGUGGAAGUUUCAUAGGAGGCCUAUUAAUAGGUUCAUUUGGAACUAGACAAUCGUUUAGACUAAUGGGACUUUUGGGAGUUGUUAGUGGAAUAAUUUAUGGAUUAAUGCAUUGCAUGUGGUUACAUAAAUUUGAAGACCAAACUAAGCCUGAAAAAUCUGAUCCUUCUGAAGUGGAAUCUUUAAAAGAAGUAGAAGAAAAUAAUAAAGAUGAUAUCUCAGAUAUUGAAGCAGAAGCAAGGCGCUUAAGUUUAAUGAUUAAGUUUAAUCAUAGGGGGUCAUUAGCAUCAUUAGAUAAAGAGCAACUACUGCCAGCCAAAUCACAGAACGAUAUUAGGAGUACAAUGUUGCAACCACCGAAGGUAGAUUUACUUAAAUCUACUUUGGAACUUAAUUAUUUAUACAAAAAGUCACAAAACAAACCUAUUUUAAAAAGAGAAGAAAAUUCUAUAUUAACACCAAAAGGAAACAGAAAAUCUAUGACUAUUCAAACAAAUGAAGAGGAUACUACAUGUAUAGAAGACAAACAGGAAUAAUAAAAAAGAAUAUUUAAAAUAAUAAUGAAAAUUAUUUAUAACAAAAAUAAAUGUUGCACUUACACUACAUUUUAGUGAAUUUAAUAUCAUUUUAUUGUUUGUACUUUUUUUCAUGUUUAUUAUAAUUUUUUUUGUGUUUGUCAUAAUAACAGUCAUCGCUUGAAUAACUUUUA